GGACAGGGCCAGCAUGGAGUCCAGCCCAGAGUAUCUCAUCUGUUCUCAUCUCCAUCCAGUCUCUGAUGACUGAGAACCCCUAUCACAAUGAACCCGGCUUUGAACAGGAGCGCCACCCAGGAGACAGUAAGAACUACAACGAGUGUAUUCGCCAUGAAACCAUGAGGGUGGCAGUGUGUGACAUGCUGGAAGGCAAAGUCACCUGUCCUGAAGCUCUGGGGAGCGUGAUGGAAAAGUCCUUCCUAGAGUACUAUGAUUUCUAUGAGGGAGUCUGCAAAGAGAGACUGCAUCUACAGGGCCAGAACAUGCAGGUGACUACUAUU